GGUCGUCUACUGUGUAUUCAGUGUUAUAUCGACAUUUACAAUUAUGUUUAACGAAGAGAUGAAUCCCUUUUUACGUGUAGGAAAGAACGUUUCUUAAAGAAAAUCAUCGUCGCAAGAAAUUUAGAGAUACGAGUUUUUCAAUCGCCUUCGAGUCAAUCUUCAUGUGAUUUAACUUGAGUAGUCUUCUUCAGACAAGUUUUAAUGCCAGAGCAAAAGGAGUCUAUGACUGACAAUAUAAGUCCUGUAAACUCACAGGAUUCUAUCUAUACAAUGGCCGCAGGAGCAAGAGCUUUAUUGCUUUGGUCGAGGCAGCAAACUGAAGGAUACAAUGAAGUGAAUAUUUACAAUAUGACGAGCUCAUGGCGAGAUGGUCUUGCUUUUUGUGCGAUUAUUCAUCGCUAUCGACCCGAUUUAAUUGAUUUCGCUAAGUUGUCGAAGGAAAACAUCAUCAAGAAUAACAAAAUGGACAAGAAAACAGAUACCAUUCAUCCCCCGAGCAUGGCUCCCCGUCUACCUUAUCUUGGAACUAAGUGCUCCAUCUGUGAAGAGAAAGUGUACAUCAUUGAAAGACUUGUAGCAGAGCAAAGGCUGUUCCAUCGAGCUUGCUUUAAAUGCAGUAAAUGUGAUUCUGUGUUGACUCCUGGGACGUAUUCUUAUUGUCCAGAAACUGAAACGUUCUGCUGUAUUUAUGAAUGCAUGGGAGACUUCAGAAAGAAGCAAGACGACAUUAAGAUCAAACUUCAGCCAAUCACGGAUAAGGUAUUCGACGUGCUAGAAAAAGCUGACACAUCACACACUAGAAAAUCAUCCUUGGACUCGCGUUCUCGAAGCAACAGUCUAACUCCUCCCUUUUCAAUCGUCAAAAAGAAUUCCAUCACAAUAGACUCUUUUCCAAAGAGCUUUGAGGAUCUUUCGUCCACGAGGCGAAAAAACUCCAGUAGCCGACGACACUCUGUAGAGAAAAACAUUCCAAAGGACACUCUUUCGGUCUCAAUGAACUCGAAAAUUGAGCUAAAGAAAUCACAAAGCGACAACUCUCUUCCUACUAAAGGUGGACCUACUCAAUUAGAAAUUGAGGUUAAGAGAGAAAACGGUAAAGUUAAGUCUUGUGUGAGGAUAAAUCCAGUGAAACCAAAAUUGUCUCCCCAGAAUUCGCUACAAAAAGAUGAAGGAGCCGAUGCGGAAUCGCCUGAAAAGACAAACAACCAACAGGAUACUAAAGGAAAACAGGUUUGGAAGGAAAAAAUCAAGGAUUCUGUAGGAUUAAAUGAUGCUUACAGCAGAGAAGAAGAAGAAAGACCACAAGAAGGAAGCGUCCAGAAACUUCGCCAAAAGUUUAUGAACAUUGAAGACAUAAUUGAAAACAAACACAAGCAGAAACUCGCGAAGAAGAAUGAAAGAAUGCAGAGGGAAAUACGAAGGGUUGUCAGAAACUGGAAUGAACAAUCAAAAGGAAAAGAAGACUUGUCAAAUGACCAGAAAAAUGAGAUGGAAAAAGAGGGGAAAAGAGUCGAGGACUCUGAAGAAUCGAACAAUUCAUUGGGGACUUCUAGUGGACAAAGCAGCGCCAGUCACAUGGAUGACGCCAUUAACGAAUCACGUGAUCUGUGCAACCAAACCAAUCACAUACUUGGAAACCCAGACGAAAAUUCUAGAACUUCCAAUGAAUCACAAUCGCAGAAGAUUAGUAAUUCAUCUCAAGCUAAAAGCAAACAUUUGCCCAAAUUGUCACCUUCAGAAAACCUAGGCUCUUCAUCUUCCUCGACACCUUCUCCUACUAGAAGAACUAUCCCUAUUAUCGUACGACCAUCUGUUGACAGUGACAGUGAGAGAGACGAGAGCGAGAGAGAAAGAAGCUGCAGUCAAACAUCCGUGUCAUCAAAUAACCGUCUAUUUAGUCCGCCAUUUAGCGACAGCUCUUCAAUUCCUGACUCUCCGAUCUCUCCAGUAUCUUCGUACGAAACAAGAUGGCCGAGUCAAAACUCUCUCGCUGAAACAAACUCUUCUUGCGAUUCGCCGAAAAUGUCCAUCAUAAUAGCACAAGAAUCUUCGUAUACAAAAGUGAACAGUCGCUUUUUUACGGUAGAAACUUGUGAAUGCAACACUAAAGGACUAGAUGGGGAUAUUAUUAUCGAAGAAAACAGCGUUGAAACUAUUGACAUCGAGGGUGAAUUUUAUUUCGGUGUCGAAGGGAAUAACUUUUCGAAAGCUCAGAAUGAUUAUUUUAGGUCAUUGAGGAACUGUAAAAUUAAGAGAGAGAAGUCCGACUUGGUUCAAGAGGAAGAGAUUGUGUUGUCGCCAACGGAGAUGGUUGAUGAGUUACAGGCGUUAGAAACGUUGCAUGCGGAGUUGGAGAAGAGAGGGAUUGAGAUGGAGAAGAUGCUAAGGACCACUAUGGGAUCUGAGCGACCUCUGGACAACGAGGAAGAGAUACUAAAAGAGUGGUUAACACUGGUACAAGAGAAGAAUAUCAUAUCCAAAAGAGAAUACGAAUUGAUUUACUUAAUCAAAUAUCAUCAGUAUGAGGAUCGAUAUUUAGCUGUGGAAUGCGAGCUACGGGUGCUAUUAUCAAUGAGAGAUGAAUUAAAAUCUCCAGAAGACGUGAAACAAGAGCGGGCUUUGAUGUCUGAAUUAUUCAAGCUUGUCCAGAGAAGAAGUUACAUAGUAGACAAACUAGAGCAAGACAGGAUAAGAGAAAGUCAAGAAGACGAGAGUAUGAAAAACGUUAGUGAACAGGGUGGAAAUGACGCCCCAGAGGAAUCAUGGGAAAACAAGCAGGAUUACACAACAAAAGUUGCUUUUUCUAGAUUCUAUUGCUAAAUGAGUGCUCAGUGAUCAAACCACAGGGAACUCAAUUCAAAUAAAAAAGAUUGAAUUUUUGGGGUGCGACCACAAAACUAAAAUACUUUGAGAAAUAACAACGAAACAGCCGCCAUGUUGGUUAAACUAACUGAAGCACUGCUAAGGAUAUGAUAUGUAAAUUUAAUAGACAAAGAAAAGUAAUCCCAAUAGAUUUGAAUUUGGUAAAACAUUGCGUUAGCUGAAUAGCCCAAUUCUAUACUUUGCUUACCACACACAAAGGUUUAAGUUUGAGGCUACGUGCGAAAAUGCAUUUUUUUCUCCUUUCAAGAAUCACUGUAAAGUAAAGUAAAGUACAUAUAUUUAAAGUCGGUAGUUCCUUCAGUUGAAAUUCAACUGCUAUCAAUGGAAGCCGACGGUGCGCACUUUACCCCCUCUCUCCAUCAGUGCUUUGUUUUAAGAGUAUUCAAAGCUGAAGCGGAUUAGAGAGAAGUCGAAACAGACGUGGAGAUCCUGAGGAUCGAACCGUACGUGAACCUCAAGCUUGAAGGUCGCGCACUAACCAAACUGAGCUAAGCUUGCUCCUGAGCAUUAAGCAUGAAGCCUCGCAUUGAAUCCUUUGUGCGUGACAAGCGAAGCAUAUUUCGGUAGUGAAUUAUUGGUCUUUUUCAAGAAUAUUAGGACCCAGCAUACCAAACAUACCAGAGUUUCUGCACAUAUCAAUCAUACCAAGCAUUCUAUAUCGUGAACUAUUAAUUUUUAUUCUGUGUUAUAUAAUUUUGAACUCACUGAUAUAAUGUUUCUAGGGUGCUGUUUAAAUAUUGAAGUCUAACUUUAUUUUUAAAUACUGCUAAAAUAAGGUCAUGACAUAGUUGUUCACGUGUAAUGCUCGAUGGCAAUAAAAAUGUUGGGGCGCACUCCAAUGACCGCCAUCUUGUUCGUGCAAGCCCACCAUCUUGUCGCGGUCAGCGGUUUGCCUUAUUAAAUAAUAAUUAAUUAUUUGAAUCCAUUGUUUUACAAGAUUAGAAAAUUUGUGGGCGGUUACUUAGCACUCAAAAAGUUAGGAUACAGAUACUUGUAGGCUUAGCAGCCUCCCCCAAACAUCCAUGAUGCAAUAGACUUACGUUCAAUCGUUGUAAAACUAGACGUCUAACAUCUUUGAGGCUAAUUAUGUCAUAUUAUAGUUUGGGAAUCCUGUGGAUAUCAUAGAAAAGAGGAGGACUGCGAGAAAACUGUUCUUAUCGCCAGUCUCUCUUGUCCAUUGUUUUACACAGGAGCCCCAAACCCUGAUUACGGAUUGCCUGCCAAGUAGGGCAGUUGUAUGCAUUAGAGUGUAUACCAUAUAUAAGUAAAAUGUUUGCUAAAAGAAUUGUGCAAAGUUU